GAAGCGUAUUGCUGACAGGAUGGGUGUUCCUAUCCAUGAAUUAAAAAAAAAUAAAGACAAUAUUCUUGGAACAAUCAGGACAAACUUAAAAAAGAAAAUGUCUUCUAUGAAGUCGGGAUCUGGAGUAGAGGACGUGUACCAGCCCAUCUGGAUCUUUUAUGAUGUGAUGGCAGCAUUUCUAACAGAUAUUUAUGAAUCCACCAGUCUCAUGAAUUCAGAGGAAAACAUACGACCUGAGGUAUGUGAAGAAGCCGGCGCUUCGAACGAACGGGCUAGUGACCUCUCUGAAGAAGGAAAAAACGACGUCGACGUUGACGUCCCUCCUAUCCCUCCUCAAAGCAGUCAAAAAUUUCAAGGACAAAAACGUCGUACUAUGAAUCCGCCUGAAUUACAGGAAGCAAGCAAAAAAAUGAGCACAGCGUUUACUGCAUUAAAUAGCGCACUGAUAAACAAGGAGAGAGGGAAAGAAGAAGACGAAUGUGAUUUAUUUUGUAGAAUGCUGGCAAAGCAAAUCAAAGAAUACCCUACACUUGAAAGAGAAGAAAUUAUGUAUGAAUUGCAUGGCAUUAUGCUGAACAAACGUCGUUGUUACGACAGACUGAUGCAUAAUAGAUCAUAUAAUGUUUCUGCCCCUUCACCAGUGAUAAUCAGUCAUCCUAGCUCCAAUAACAGUGUAUAUUUAACACAAACACCGUCACCCAGUUAUGCCACAAUUGACUCCCUCUCCCCUUAUUCAGUGGGAUCGCUGCCACAAAACGUCAACCAACAACAAUCCGAAGUAAUUAACAUUUUAUCACAAGAAGUGAUUCAACCAGAAACAACUAGAUCCUGUUAUGAAAGCAUCGGCAAUGUAUUGGAUAGUACAAAGUAA